GAUCAGAUAUUACAGAUAUUAUAACAAUAAUUAAAAGUAGAUGAGAGGAACAUAUACACAUAUACACAAAGCGAAAAUGUAAAUACCAAUAAAAUAUCCCAAUAAGAGAAUGUAUGCUAUCAAUCUGAUAUGAUAUCUGAAAAAUUCUAUAUUUAGGAAUUAGAAUUUUCUUUUCUUAUCUUGUUUGUGCUUGACGAAAGAAACGAUGGACAUAAAAUUUGUAUUCAAUAGAAUAUGUCACAGAUUGUGAUAUAUCUUGACACCAUGAUGUCAGGUCGUAUACAAUAUAUUUUUAAAAAAUGUACAUAUUGAACGUACGAGCCACCAACAUUUUAUAAGUAUAAAGCACGUCAAUGAUUUGUUAACGUACAUUCGAAAGCACAUAUCUAAUAAAAUUGUAGAUCGUAUCAUAAAAAGUAAUAAAUAUAGUCUGUAGAUAAAGAAAAGAAGCUUUUAUGAAGCUACAUAGAUCAAAAUAUUAUGAAAUGAACACUUAAUCUUUUAUUGAGAACAAUUAUUAAGAAUGUUUUAUUAAGAACCUUUUUUCUUCUGUCAUGUAUUGCCAUGAAAAUACUGACGUAUUAUGCAAUUUUCUUAUAGGACAUCUUGAAAUAAUGUUGUGUUUCAAUUUAUCAAAGUAUUAUUUCGUGAGGAUAUUUCCGUAAAACGUAUGGAUAUGUAUGUAGAUAAUGAUACUAACAGUUAUGAUAAUAACAGAUAUAUGUAUCUAUAUACAAAGGGGAAUACGACAAUAUUGCUAUUGAGAAGUACCAUUAUUGAUGUAUGUACACGUAUAUGCCACGAGGGGCUAUAGACAUUCUGUAUUUCGCAUUUGAUUUAAUGCCUGAGGUGAGGCAUGACGAGCGGUUAAUUAAAUUAAAUUUAUAAAAUUGAAAUAACUGGUAAAAGUAUAAUAAACGGAAUCAUAUUUUUGAAAACUAUAGAGAACUAAAUGCAGAUGCAUAUAGUUCGUACAAGCGGGUCAGAAAUUUUUGUAAAAUUACAUUAGAGAAGCUCGAUAAUUAGAGAAGCUAAUGCGCGUACUGAGAUUCACACUUUUAAUCUGUGCAUUCGCUGGAUGUUGGCAGCCGUCUUCAUGGACAUCGUUACUUAAACACAUCAUUUAUAAAACUUAUGCAAUGUUUCUCGGUUCUGCACUAUGUAUUUUUUCGAUAUCGCAAUUUAUGAACAUUAUGCUGAACGUUGAAAACUCUGACGAAUUCAUUGAUUCGUUAUACAUGAUGCUGACCGUAUUCGUCGCAAGCUACAAACAGGUUUACAUGUGGAGAGAUCGCAAAAAUAUCAUGAUGAUCAUCAACGUAUUCACAUUCAAACUUUUUGCACCUUGUGAAUCAUACGAAGUAACGAUUCAACGGAAGUUUGAAAAGAUUACAAAAAACAAUACGUUGCGAUACUUACUUCUCAUCGUGAUAGCAAUCGCAUCGAUGAUUAUGAUGUCUGUAUUGACAGAACUCACAAAACGAAAUUUGACGUACAAGGCAUGGAUACCAUUUAACUAUUCAUCUCCUGCCGUGUACUUUCUUGUGUACAUUCAUCAAUUAAUAGGCAUGGCGACUUCCGGUAUAGUGAAUGUCGCUUGUGAGAGCUUAAUUUUCGGACUCUUGCUGCAAAUUUGUGGUCAACUCGAAAUCUUGGAGCAUCGACUGACGAAACUCGUACACGAUGAAGGCAUCAUAGGCGACUGCAUUCUUCAUCAUAAUCUUAUUUUUGAACCGAUUGAGAAACCUUCAUUUAAUCGCAGAUACGCGUACAAGGUGAAUAACAUGUUCGCAAAAAUAAUCGCUCUCCAGUUCGCAGUAAGCAUGUUGGUAGUGUGUUCGAAUUUGUAUCGACUAGCAAUGGUAACGGAUUAUGUGACAUUUAUUUCACUGACAACGUAUACGUGUGCCAUAUUAACACAGAUAUUUAUCUAUUGUUGGUUUGGAAACGAAGUCAAAAUAAAAAGUCUUCAUUUGGCAAAUAAAAUUUACAAUAUGGAAUGGUUGACGCUUAGUAAUAGCUGCAAAAAGGGUCUCCUAAUGAUUAUGAAGCGUGCAACGGUUCCUAUUGAAUUUAGUAGCGCAUAUGUUAUCACGAUGAAUCUUGAUUCGUUUGCAGCUUUGCUUAAGAUGUCAUACUCAGCCUUCAACUUGUUACAUCAAACGCAAGAAUAUUUCUAUAAUAAACGCAACAUAAGAGAGAUGAAGUUUACACUUCUACUCUGUACUCUCAGCGGAUGCUGGCUACCGCCUUCGUGGAUGUCGCUACCCAAACAUAGAAUGUACAGCAUUUAUAGAAUAUUAUUAAUUGUCAUUCUAUUCACAUUUACGAUAUCUCAAAUCAUGAAUGUUUUAUUGAAUAUUGAUAAAUUCGACGAAAUCAGCGACAGUAUAUACAUGAUGGUAUCGAUAUCCGUUGCGGCCUAUAAAAUAAUUGCCGUAUGGAUAAAUCAUAAAAAUAUCACGGAGAUAAUCACUAUAUUUGCGGAGAAACCUUUCGCAACAGUAGAAUCGAGCGAGGAAAUGAUUCAACAAAAAUAUAAUAAAGCGAUAAAGAAAUAUGCAUUAUGGUACGUGAUCCUUGUCGAAACAACAGUAGGGAUCAUGAUUGUAGGAUCUGCCUUCACAGACGGCGUGGAAAGGAAGUUGCCAUACAGAGUAUGGCUGCCGUAUGACUAUUCGCCACCUACUAUAUUCUAUCCCACAUACAUCCACCAACUAAUAGGCAUGACUAUUGCCGCAAAUAUAAACAUCGCCUGCGACAGCUUGAUAUCCGGGCUCUUACAGCAGAUCUGCUGCCAGAUUGAGAUUUUGCAGUAUCGGCUAACAAAAGUCUCGCAUGAUGGACAUGUGCUCAAUAACUGUGUACGUCACCACGACCGUAUAUAUAAAUACGCACAAACGGUGAAUAUGAACUUUACGAAGAUCAUUGCUCUUCAAUUCGUGGUGAGCAUGCUGGUGGUGUGUGCUAAUUUAUACAAAUUGGUGAUGGCAACGAUACUUGCGGACUUUAUUAUAUUGAUGUUGUACACAGCAUGCAUGCUGGCGCAGAUCUUCCUCUAUUGCUGGUUUGGAAACGAGCUCAAGUUAAAAAGUAAAUCGCUAUCAAACAGCAUAUACAACAUCACCUGGUAUACACUUGAUGACAGCAAAAAAAAGAGUCUUCUAUUAAUUAUGAAACGCUCUAUGAUUCCCAUCGAAUUUAAUAGCGUAGUCAUUAUCACGUUGAAUCUUGAUUCGUUUGUAUCUUUGCUUAAAGCAUCGUACUCGGUUUUUAAUGUAUUAAAACGCGCACAGUAGAAAUGUGAGUAAUAAAUAAAAAUUAUUACGGUUCAUAUCUAAUUAGCCAAUAUAUAAGGUUUGUUGAAAAA